AGUAUACAAGAAUAUUCCUUCUUUAAUUUUUUUUUAUACAUAGGUUAAAGUUUCAGCAAAUUGAAGUGAAAGCUUCGUAAACGAAGUUCAUUUAUUCGAAACAAAAUGUUCCGUCGUCAAAAAGUAAAUAAAAAGCUCAGCGCAGAUGAGCUAAAAUCAAAACUAUAUGCUCAUUUUGAUAAAAGUGGCUCUUUGAACCAAUUACGUACUCAAAUUAGAAGUCAGCUCGCUUCCGAACUUUUUAAGAUGGCACCAACAUCAACCGUAGCUUCAGAACAUAAUAAAACUGUUGAUCUUGGCAGUUCUCUGUUGCCCCUCCAGGUUUGCAAUUGGCUUGUAUAUGACCACUUAAUAAGACAAGGUUACCAAUAUACUUUAUCCACAUUUGUCAGUGAAACAAAUUUGCCUUAUCCUGAGAAACUCCUAGCUGUUGGUGACAUAUUAGCUCUUGUCGGUUUAGACAACAACUCUUCAGAAUAUAAAAAAAUUAGUGAUUUGUAUUUAAUUAACAAUGAAAAGGAAGGACUACAUUCCUUGUUACUAGCAAUAAUCAAAUCUAUUAUUUUUAUAUCAGAUAAGGAUAACCAACCUAUUGAAAAUGCUAUGAAUUCAUCCUUAGAAGUUGGAAUUAAAGAUAAAUUGCCAUCAAGCAGUGAAAAGCAUGUUCUGUUCGAAACUUUUGGAGAAAAAACUUCUAGAAUAAAAGAAUUGAGUGGAGCUUCAUCAUUGGAAUCUAGUUACUAUGAUCAACUUCAAUCCAUAAGAGACGAAAGAGAUAAAGAAAUACAAAAUUUGCGGCAUAAACUUGUGCAGGAGCUUGAACGUUUACAUCUACAAGAACAGACACUUCAUCAAGAAAUAGACCAGGAAAGAAGGGAAAUUAAAAAAGAAAGAGAUCUAUUGUUUAGUGAAAGAGAAAAGUUAAAAGUUGAUAAAGAUUUGUUUUUAAAAGAACAGGAAAAUAAACUUGAAAAGAAAAUCAGAGAGGUUGAAGACAUUCACAUUGCAAAAUUGCAUUCGAAGGACAAAGAAAUUGCAGGGUUGCAUAAUGAAUUAAAAGAAAGGGUAAAAAGACUAGAGCAUAUGGAGUUUGAAUUGUCUACUCAUAGAGAAGAAUUAGAUACUCUUAAACGGGAGCUUGAUGAUGCAAACAGAAUGUAUAAGUCUGUUCACGAAAAAUACAAUUCACUUUUAGAUGAGAAUACAAAUCUUGUGCGAAAAUUCGAAAGAAUGUCUGAUUAUAACAUAUUAAAAGAGGAACUUGUAGCCAAAGGAAGAGAUAUUUCCAAUUUGCAGCACGAAAUUGAAAAUCUUCACAGAACUGCAGAAAGGGAUAAAAAAGCUUAUAUUGAAACUGUAACUUCUCUAGAAUUGAAGUUGAAAGCAACUGAGCCAAAACUGCAGCAUUUACAAAAAGAGCUAAAUCAAAAAAAGAAUCUUUUAGAUAUGGAGGAAGCCAUGUGGCAAAAAGAAAAAGAAAAAUUGGAACAAGAUUCAUUAACAUCUCAAAGACAAUAUAAAACUGUUUUGCAAAGAAUAGAAGAACAGAAACAAGAUAUCCAUGAUCUACAUCAAACUAUACAUAUACUUCAUUAUCAACUUACAAGUGGAAAUAUAAACCAGUCAACAAAAUUGGAAAUACACGAUCCUUUGAGGACUAUUCCAAAAACUCCUUUCCUACCAUCAAGAAAUAAACAGAUUCUUAUAUCAAACAAAAAUAACCCCUCCACUAUAUCACAACAUUACAGAGAAAAGGCCUUAGAUUUCACUUCUGACUAUAAAAGCAGACUGAACAAAUUACAACAAGAAAUGAAUGAAGACUUUGAAAAAUAUUCAGUAAUAUAUCACACUUCUUUUGACGCUAAACUGCCAAAUAUUAAGCCUUCUCUGUCUCAAAAUUCUCCAGCAUUUACUCAUAACAUGAAAUUUCACCACCCAUCAUCUGCUAAAAAUAGUUCAUAUAUGCCACUUAGUUCCCCCUUUGAUGCUUCAAAGAGUUUGAUGGAAUUUGGGAAUUUAAACUUAAAGUAUGGAGGUGUUACAGUUCCUAGUUUUAUGAACAAAAAUAACUCAGGACGGUUAAGUGGAACUCUAACAUCAAGUCAAAACAUUUAUGACAGCACCAAAACAUUUAUUGCUGACAGUAAUGUGACCUCCACUGCACAUAAAAAAAUUUAUGAUGGUGUAUUCACAUCUCAAAGUGAGCAAACACUGAAAGCAUCUGAAGUUUUGAACCCGAGCUCUUCGAUAAACAAAAUGUAUGACAUGCAUGAAGAAUUUGAAAACUUUCAAAAUGCAUCUUUUUUACCUAGCAGAAAAGACCAAAACAUAUUUGAUACAAUAAAACCCAUUGAACAUUCCUCAAGUGAAAUAGCUAGAACUGCUUCAACUGGAUCAACAGAAAACAUGCCUAAAGAUAUUCCUGUCACGGGAAAUGUAGUUGAAAAUAGGGUAAGUUUCCCUGAUCAAACUGAUAUACCUUUUGAAAGAUCAGUUUUAUUACCUGUUACAUCAAAUAAGUUCUCUUUUCAAAACCUUCAGGAUACCAGCACAUCAAUUAUAUCUAGUAAUAGAAUUCCCAGAGAUACAAUAUCUAGCAAAACCGACCAAAAUAAGUUUGGCGUAAACAGAACCAAUGAAAGUACUUUGACUGAAAUAGUUAAAACUGUUUCAACUGGAUUAACAGAAAAUCUGUCUAAAGAUAUUUCCACCACAGAAACUGCAAUUGUGGAGAAUACAACAAAUUUUCCUAUUACAACUGAUAUACCUCUUCAAAGAUCAUUUCUAUUGCCCACUGCAACAAACAAACUUUCUUUUCAAAAUACUGAUAAUAUCGACACUAAGCAAUCAGUUGUAUCUGAUAAUGGAGACACUUCAAUAGCUCUAACUUCUUCGGGUCCAACUGCGUCUACUAAAACAGCACCAAUUGUUGUGGACCUUGAUGCGGCUUGGAAAAGGAAAACUUCUUUACCAAGUGUGAAUCCUCCUUUAUUAAAUAACUCAAAUCCACUGAUGUUUGCUAAAAAUAUUAGUCCUGUUGAGCUAAUUUCUAAAGGAGAAACGAAGCAUAGUAGCACUAUUUCAAACUAUCCAGAUUCCAAAUCUACCACAGCAAAAACAGAUACUGAAACUUCAGGCAAUAUGUCGUCGAGUACAGCUGUUCAAGAUACUAUAAAAAAUUCGGAGCAAUAUAAACAGUUAAAUAAAGCCCAACUUUCUCAAGCAGAAGCUAUUAAAGAGUUGGAAAAAGAGACAGAAUCACAAAACAACAACCAAUCAAUUGCUUUAAGUGAUGUUAGUGGUACUGAUGAAGAAAUAAAAGAGAAAAAGUCAUUUUAUAAGACUCAAAUGCAGAAUACAAUGAAACAGACUCCAGAGGAUUCUCUAAGCGAGUUAAGUGAAGUACAUUUGUCAUGUGGUAGUGAACAAGAGGAACAAAAAGAAGAAUCUGAUAACUGGUAAAGAGUGUUGACAAAUUGUAAAUAUUUUACAUUUUUAUUUAUUCUUACAUUCAUUUUUUUCCAUAAAAUACAAAUAUGUAUUUUAUUUUCAGGAAUAUAUUUUAUAUAUAAAAAAUUGUGAGUGCUUUAACUUAGUAAGACACCAAAUUUAAACAUCAAAACAUUUAUUUACUAUUUACAAAUAUUGUAAUAAAAUUACACUGCCACAAUAAUCAGUGCAUACUUUGGAACAUAUUAUUAUAUACAGAGAUAAGAAAUGCAUACGUACACAUCUGUGUAACACAAUAUUUCACAUUUAACACUUUUUUCUUUAUAACAGAAAGGAAACAAACUUCAUAAUUUGUGCAAAGUUCUCUUCCAUCGAGACUGAUCAAGAUAUGUUCCCAUCUUUAAUAUUAGAGUCAUUAUUAAUCGCACUGUUUAGAUGUUGCAGUGCUGACUGAAGUGCAGAGGACACAGUUAUUAACUGUCUUUGUCUUUCUUCUUCUAGAACCUACAACGAAAGUUUUUUUUAAUAUAUUGAUUACAUAAAAUACUAAUUGCUCCAUUAAAUUUCAAAAGAUAUUCUUAUGCACUUGCAUUAAACUCCCUUAAGUUUAAUUUCAUUCUUUAACUUUUUAUUUUAUAAGUGUUAAGAUAUUUUUAAAGGCAGCAGCUAUCAAACCUUUUGCUGAUAUUAAGUUUUUGUGAAAUUUUUAUUAGACUAAAAUUGCAGACAUUGGCUGUAAAAGUAGCUUACUCUUAUUGAAACUGAUUUUGGAUAGUGGGCCAAAAAGGCUAGUAUAUUCCAUGUUGGAAACUAACAAACCUAACCUAAAGUGAUAAUCAGGGUGAAUUUCAAAAUAAUUGUUUUAAAAAACCUGUUUCUUUGAUUUUGAAAGAUUUCACUAUCUUCUUACAAAAUAUAUAUGAUAUUUAUUUAAAGUAUCAGAAGUGAUUUAUGUUAACUUAAGAAAAAGACUAUAUGCACAUAGAAUAAAAUUGUAUAUAAUUUCUUUAAUAGUAAAUGAAAUAUUUUUUUUUUCCAUCUGCAUCUAAACGAAUACAUGUGGGCCUUAUUCUUACAUAUUGAAGGGGGAAAACACUCUAGUUUUGCAUUUUGUAAAUUCAUCAUCACAUUAAAGAAAAACAGUUAAUACUGAGAAAAAAAAUGACCAAAUAGGACUCUUCAAAAAUAUGUGUGUUUUGAUAUCUGAUUCUCUAAUUGUAAUAAAUAAUAUGGUAUUAAAAGCUGCGUGAAAAGCAAUAGCAAUAACUGUCAAAGUAAUAGUAAAAAGUAAAUAUUUUAAAACACAAUUCGAAUUUCUCAUAUUGUCUGAAUUUAUCGGAGGGAACUUUGAAAACAUGUGAAAUCAAAUCACCACAAGGAUGAUACUAUCAGCAUAAAUUGAGCAUGUCAAAAAUGUGAUUACUAGUGCUUUCACAUGUUAAAAUAUUGAAUGAAAAAUACCGGAAUUUUAAAAAAUGGA